UUUUGGUAUUGCCGUGAUGAUGAUAAUGAAAAAUGUAAACAUUUCCAUGAUUUCGAAAUUAAGCUUACCGAAAGACGGAAAUUGGACAUUUAUUUCUGUUGAUUGACAUAGUCGGUUUAGCCCCAUUGGUUGAUUAGACACAAGAUCUAUCUUGGCAAAGUUCAGAAGAUUAUAAGUCGUUGUAGAGUGCCACCUGAAUUCUGGGCAGAGGACAUAACACGAAAAAUCUUGUUACUACGUGCAAUUCCAAGCGGCCCAGAGGGUCAAUAGCUGGGAGAUGUAUUAUUGCAACUUGUUACACACAACUAGAGCUUUGCGGGCACCCACCUGAAAUACUGCUAGCUGGCUCUGGGCACGAUACCAUUGCCAGCUGCACAGUUGUAUGGGUUCCAAAGGGAGCAAGAAUCAGCGUGAGUCAAACAAUCGCAAGUCCCUAUCUGCAGACCCUGGGUCAUCCUCUGAGGACGAGGCUGAUGGGGGCGUAGAUUGUGCAGCCCCAACCACAAAUCAUUCUGAGAAAGGGUCAAAGAAAGGCAAGACAAGCAUGACGAUGUUUAGAAGCCAGUCUGAAGCAGCCAAGAAGAGGAUGCAACAUCAGCAAUAUUUGGCACAAGAAGAUCCAGAGCCGGUGUUUGACCUUUCCAACUGUGAACUUGAAGAGGUUCCAUCAAGUACAUUCCCGUUGUGCAAAGUUCUUCAAAAGGAGGUGUUGCUGUUGAACAACAACUGGCUAGCUGGUCUCCAUGGAAGCGGUUCAUUAUCAGACCUCGUUUCUAUCAGGGUAUUGGACGUACACAACAAUGAGAUCAAAUCAGUGCCAGGAGAGAUUUCCCUGUUACAGAGCCUUCAGGUGUUAAACCUGGAGAACAACAGAUUGAAGAAGCUGCCCGAUGAGAUAGGGCAGCUGAGAUGCCUUCAGACACUCAAUGUCAAAAGUAACCGCCUGACAGCCCUGCCAUCCACAGUGUGUGACUUGAAGUCCCUACGUAUGCUGGACAUACAGGUCAACUGCGUGACUGCCUUACCCAGACAGCUGUGUCACGUGCGUACCCUGGAGUCUCUGUCAUUGGAUGCUUCCACAAUGAAAUACCCACCUCAAGAAAUAUGCCUCUCAGGUACUGAAGACAUCAUGAAAUUCCUCUGUGCAGAGAGUGGUAUGGAGUACCUGCCCCCGUCCAACUUCCUGCUAGAGGUGCUGGAACCUCCAAAGAUCCCUGUCAACAAAACAGCAUCCAGUAUGGCCUUGAAAGAAGAGGAAAACAUGGCUAAAAGUUUUGCUGGGUACAGUGAUAUGAUGGAGAAGCGGCGUCUGGAGCUAAUCGAGGUGGAGCGUAGUUUUGCUGCCCAUCAGGAGUUGCAGGCACAGAUGGCACUUUUGGCUCAGCAGAACCGAGACCAGUUGGUGAGGGUGAUCGAGCAGGCUGAGAGCAAGCUGGAUUCAGAGCUCAACAAGCUGUCUCGGGAACGGGAGGUCAACCAGAAGAGGCUGAUAAGGGAUCUACAGAUAGUGGAGGAAGGGGCAGAUAAGUUGAUCAGCUCACUGUUGGACAUGAGUGCCAAGGCAAGGCAAACAGAGGAGCUGCUAGAUGCUAUUGAACAGGAAAGGAUAAAGGAAGACAAGUUAUUUGAGGUGAGGUGGGAAGAAUUGCAAAAUCUCAGGAAGAAAGAAGUCCUCAAUAAUAUGCAAACCAUUCUACAAGAAAAUGAGACCUUUGAAAUGUUGCUCCAUAAGUUCACAUCAGAAAAAGGCCAUUCACUAAUGAGGGCCAUUGAAAAUGAUGAGAUGAUGUCCACUGCUCAGGUUGCCAGCGUACUCCAGCAUAAAGAUCAGCAGACAUCACUGCUUCUUGCAGACCUUGUCAAACAGGAAGCCUUGCAGAGAGAGGCUUUUGAGGCCUUACAGCUGCAGAAAGACGUGAAAAACCAGCGGAUCCGUGGUCAGAUAGCUCUCAUACAGGACGAGUUGGCCAGCCUCACUGUGGUCGAGAUAGAGAAGAGAGGCUGCAGAAUGGAGGAAGAAAUGAACCGCCUGGCUGAGAAGCGUAAUGCGUUGAUAGAGCUGCUGGCCCAGUUAAUGGAGGAGCAAGACCGCAGGCAGAUUGAACUCAGGCACAGAAUGGAUGAGAUGGAGCAGCAGAGAGAGAACGGUCAGGCCGACUACUGGCUUGUGCAGUUCCAGCGUCUUAUGGACCAGAAACCAAACAGCCUUAUAGACCGGGAACAACGUCUAGAGAUCAGUGUGGUGAAGAUACUGAACCAGUCUCACGCUGAGGACCACAUACCGAGGUUUGCAAGGCAUCGUAUCACCAUAGAAACCAUGCUGACCCUGGACGAUGAUGACCUCAAAAUGAUGGGGGUCCAUGAGAUGGGUGUUCGUAGAGAGAUAUUGAGGAACAUACAGGGGUACCGAGACAAGAACACGACACCCAGUUUCAAGGCUGCUCAGAAUGAUGAUUUCAACAUCCCAAGAGCUGCCUGUCCAUCGGCCCCAGCUCUGCCCCAAUCCCAAAUAUUGGUUAUUGCUAGGGGACUGAACUCUGAGUGCUCCAUCUGUAUGGACAAUACGUCUGACGUUAUCUUCAUGAACUGUGGCCACGUCUGCUCGUGCUCCGAAUGCUGUGAGAAGGUCGCAGAAUGCCCGUUGUGUCGUGCGUCUAUAGUACGGCGGGUCAAACUGAUGACCACACAUGUGUAGUAGCUGUAGAUCCACUGCUAUGAGGGACUUGACAAAAACUGUUGAAAUUCAUUUUUGAAAUGUUAUGUGUCUUUUAUCUAUAUUUAUCGAAACGCUUUGUUUGUUAUUGUUUUUUUUUAUUCCAUUGUGAUAUGUUUUAUACAAAAAUAAAAUUGCAUGAUUAUAAAGCCUGUCUGUUUUCAUGCUGAAAUUGAAUUGAUGUUGAUUUUUUAGCUCGACUAUUAUAUAUGAAAUAAAUAUAGUGGAGCUAUUCUACUCCCCCCGGCGUCGGCGUUUCCGUUAUGGUUAGCGUGCGAAUGUUAAAGUUUUCGUACUACCCUAAUUAUUUUCAUUGUCCCUUGACAUAUUGCUUUCAUAUUUUGCAUACUUGUUUACCAACAUGACCCCAACCUAUAAACAAGAGGAGACAACUCUAUCGAGCAUUUGGUCAUUAUUAUGGCCCCUUUUCCACUUAGAAUAUGCAGCAAAUGUUAAAGUUUUCGUACUACCCCAUGUAUUUUUAGCUCGACUAUUAUAUAUUAUCAUAUUUUCAAAGUUCAACUUCAAUUGAUUCAAAUACUGCCUUUGUUAUUUUAUUUCAAUUUAUAAAGUAUGCCAUUUCAAACUAGGCCUUAUGUCCAUGUGUAAAGUGUUUUUUGAAACAGCACAGGCUGAUAUGGUACAACACUUUAUGCACAGAUUUUUAGCUUUUUGUUCCUCCCCCCCCCCCCCCCCCCCCCCCCCCCCCCAAUACGCCUCAUAGUUAUGUUCAUUUCAAAAUGCACAUCUCUGUGAUAUUGAGAUUAGAUGUAUAAGAUGUAUAUUUUCUUGUAUAUCUAUCAUGACUGCUAAUCUAGGAUAUGUUUUCUUAUCCAUGUUGAGUAAAAAACUUACAAAUUAUUACUUUAUUAGUUGUUCAAAUAUUAUGUACGCAGGUUGUGUCUGCUAGCUAUAUUAUUUAAUGUUGUCAUGUAACAUCAAAACAUGUUUUUGUGGAACGUGUAUGUUAUAUCUUGAUGAAAAUUUUAGAAUGUAAGUAUGUAAGUUUAAGACUCUUAAGUAUUUAACAUGUAAUUCCUUUUUAUUUAGAACUUGGAAUGAACAAGGAACUUUUUGUUUGUUCAGGAGUUAGUUGCCCAAAUUAUGUCCAUUAUUUGGUUUUCAUUUGGAAGUUAAAUGGCAUUAUAAAAUGUAAACUUUAGUUGAAUUUUCAUUUCGAAGGUGAAUCUCAUGAUUAAAUGUAAAUUUUUGCAACACUACAGUCAUGCAGUAUUAAUUCCUGUUUGAUAGGUUUAAUUGCUUUGCUUUGUUGUCAAAUCCAGGAUUUCCUAUGAACAAUUUACCCUCUUUUUGUCGUUGAAGGAGAAGUUUCCAUUCAUCCACAAACAUUUCCAUGUGAUCUUUUUUAAAUCACAAAAAUGAAAGAUAUAAGUGUGCUUUGGUAUAAAUUGACUUAAACCACUAAACAAGUGAUAUCCACCGGCGAUGUUUAUGAUGGUCUAAUAUGAAAGGUUAAUUUUAAGUAACAUUACUACUCAAAAUCAACGAAAGUUUCGUACAAUAUAUCGUAAAAUAAAGCUAAACAAGUAAAAAUCAUUGUUCCUUAUGGCAAUUGCCGAAAACAGAUGUUUGUGGAUACAAAAUGCUCGUUUUUAUUAUGGUUUUAACAUGAUACCAUUUUAGUGUUGGUGUGUCGUAUGAAUAGAUAUAAUUGCAGGAAAUUAGCAUGGAAUUUAUUGUGUCCCAAAUUAAUAAAAACGAGCAUUUUGUAUCUACAAACAUCUAUGUAAUCAUACCACAUCUAGCGUUGAAAUUGUGGUUAUUGCUUUGUGGCUAUUGCUAUAAGGAACACUGAUUGUUUAGGUGUUAACUUUAUUUUACGAAAUACUUUACGAAAUUUUCGUUGAUUUUGAACUUUAAAGAGACUUUAAUGAUUGAAUGAUUUGGAAGCACCAAAUAUGCUUGACAAAAUACCACUAUUUAUCAGUAAAAAACACAACUAUUAGUCACGUAUAUGGUACUUUUAAUUGGUUCAAUACCACUAUUUAUAUUUAAAACACCACAAAAUCUCAGUUGAAAAAUAGGAAGUACAAUUCUUAAUCCCUUUGUGUGCAAUAGAUUCAUAAUGUUCAUGAUGUGUGAUAGCAUUUAAUGUUUUGUAAGGUAUAUUAUUAUUGUAUUUAUCAAAGAUUGUUAUAUUUAAAUGUUGGACAUUGUUGCUCUAGAUAUUUUGUAUGUGUUUGACCAUGCAAAAUGUAUUUGGUUGAAUUGUGACACAUUUAUAUUAUGUGGUUGAUACUGUACUUUUCUAUUUGCUCUACCAUUCCAACUAGCAAACUUAUAAGCAUUGUUCGGUUGUUAUAUUAGCCGCGUCAUGCAAAAAUGGGCAUUACGAAUUUGUACAGUCUUGUCAGGAGCUUUGCCAUCCUUUAUAAAGUCAAGCAAGAUUUUGUUGUGUCAUAAGCAGACCUGGUAGCUCCUGACCAUAUUGCAAAUGGUCUGGUCUGGAGCUAUGCUGGUUUCAUAUGGCAUUAAGUCCAUUUUCGCAGAACACUCUUCAUAUGUAGCUACCAGAUCCGGUGACUUAAGUUAAACCAUGAAAGAUUUUACCCUUUACUUGACCAAAUUGUUACCAGUAUAUUAAUCAUUGAUAUUGCAUGUGUCAUGUAUUUUUUACUAUUUCCAUCAUUUUAUGGUCACACGAGUAAUAAAACAUUUAAACCUGA